UGGCACCUUCAAAGUGGCCUAUCAGCUCCAGACAGGGACAAGGAGGCACAAACUUGAAGCGCUGACAGCCAGUUUUGCGCACAGCAGCAAGAUCCUGGUACGAGGCCUCACAGCGCAACAAAAAGUGACAAGUGCGUCCCUUAAAGCAGCAUGGGUGCUCGCCAGGCACAACAGACCAUUCACUGAUGCAGAGAUUUUUAAAGAGGUAAUGGUGGCAGUUUUGGAGGAGCUGGCUACUGAUAAGUCGAUGGAUGGCGUGAUUGCCUCGGUGAAACAGGUGCCUCUCUCUGCGAGGUCCGCUACCCGGCGCAUAGACGCACUGUCGGAUGCUGUGCAUGGAGUUAUUCUCAGUGGUCUGAGUCAGGCCAAUUACUUUUCUCUGGCCAUUGAUGAGAGCACAGACAACACAGAUGUAAGCCAGAUGUGUGUCUAUGUGAGAUAUUUUGAUGGGAAGGAGUUCAGGGAGGAGUUGCUGUCUUUAUUUCCAUUAGAGGGGAACACCACCGGAGAAAUUAUAUUUAACAAACUGGAGGAAGUCUUCAGGCUGCAUUCAUUGUCCUUUGAGAAAAUCAACCUCAUCGUGACAGACGGGGCACCGGCCAUGCUUGGAAAGCACAGAGGUCUGGUGAGCAGACUGAAGGAGAUCGCGCCCCAAACGCACGGAUUGCAUUGCCUCAUUCACCAGAGUGUCCUGUGCGCCAGGCUCAGUGGUGAGCUAAAGGGGGUUAUGGAUAAAGUGAUGCGCAUCAUUAAUUUUAUCAGGGGUACAUCAAGCACUCAGCACCGUCUUUUCCGACAACUUGUGUCUCAAUCAGAGGAUGCCACUCACGAUGACCUGCUGCUCCACAACGAUGUGCGCUGGUUGAGUAAAGGCAAAGCGCUGGAGCGCUUCUGUGCGCUACUGGAUGAGGUAAAGGCUUUCCUGAGAUUAAGCAAGAUGCGAGCUGCAGACGACCACCUUGCCUUUCUACAAGAUGAAAUGUCCAUGUCCAAUGUAGCAUUUUUAACAGAUAUUUUUGGCCAUCUGAACCAGCUUAACCUGCAGCUACAGGGGAGAGGCAAAACCAUAGUGGACAUGGUUGAAAAGAUGGAAUCAUUCACCAGGAAACUGGAGUUGUUCCAGUCAGACCUAUUAACUGGCAGGCUCCUGCACUUCAGUACACUAAAAUCACAGGUGCGGGGAGAAGUGACAGGACUGAUGGUGGAUUUCAUCAAACAGCUACGGGCCAACUUCAAGUCCAGGUUUGAGGACUACUCCAUCCCGAGGGACAUCGUCGCUUUUGUCCGUGACCCUCUCACUGUCCGAAGUGCGGAUUUCUCCUCCCUGGCUAAAGAAACUAUCCCAUUGUUGGAUGAGGCCGCAUUUGAAAUGGAGCUUAUUGAUUUCCAAACAACCUCCCUAGUCAGCGAUGCGCUCAAAAGUGCGCAAUCCGUGGAUGACUUUUGGAUGACAUGCUCAGAUGAGUACAGCUGGAUCAAAAAACUUGCAUUUUAUGUGCUGACGAUGUUUCCCUCCACCUACACAUGCGAGUCGGCCUUUUCUUCUAUGAAUGCCAUUAAGACGCACGAGAGGAACCGCCUGACGCACAAAAAUCUGGAGAACUGCUUGCGGGUUAAAGUCACAUCCAUAUCUCCAGACCUCCAAAAGAUCGUGACUGAAGGGAGAUGCCAGUUUUCCCAUUAAAAGCGCAUACGUCCCACGUUCCCACCACAAGCCGGUGUGCGUCCGGAAUCAAGACGAUUCUAGUUUUAUUUUAUCUUUUCUAAAUAAAG